AUUACAAUAAUUAUAGGAUUUUAUUUUUAAGUUUUUAAUAUUGAAUUCUUAUAUUUGUAUUUAAAUUGAGCGGUCUGCUAUUUAGAAAAACACAUAUUAGUAUUUAUUAGAUAUGACUGAUCCUAUGAACAGAGAACUUGUUAAACAAGUACAAUUAUCUCUAUCUAAAUAUAUAAGUAAGCCACAGUUAACUGAAAAACUACUAAAUAAACCGCCAUUCAAAUUUCUUCAUGAUAUUAUAACAAAUGUGAUCCAGAGAACUGGUUAUUUAACAGGUGUUUUUACUGAUGAAGAAAUUAUAUCUACAAAUGUUACUACAAAGGAAACUAAGAUCAAAUUUUUAGAAAAACUUAUAACUGCCAUUCAAUCAACAACAAAUAAAACAAUAUCAGCAAGACCCUCAAAAAUUGUUGCAGGACUGGAAACAACAAAGACUUUAGAGUUGCUUAUGGCAAUUGUUUUUGGAAUUGAAACAAAAAAUAAAGAAGUUAAGGAACAAAAUUCAACUAAUACAAAAACUAAAAAACUAGACUCUACAAAAACUAGUUAUCAAAAUAAGACAAAAUUGUUAGAAAAAACCAAAUCAUUAGAAAAGAAAUUAAAAGAAAAUAUUAAUCAUGAUUCCCAAAAAAAAAUACAAAAAUCUGACAGUAUGGAAUCAUCGAUGGUUAAAAUCGAUGAACCCGAUAUAGAAAUGGAUAUAACAACCAAAUCUGAUGGAGAAUCUACUGUAAAACCAGUUGAUGAAGAAGUAAAGAGUAUUGUGGAUAGCUCUGUAAAAACUGAGGAACUUAAUGAAAAUAAAUUACAAUCAACAUUAAAAUCUAAACUAGAAAAAAAAGAUUCUGAAUCAAUAGAAAAAACUAACCUUGAAGAGAAUCCACUUCGGAAAUUAAGUGAAACGCAUGAUAUUAGUAAAUCAUUAAGACCCAAAAGUUCAAGACCACCAGCUCCAAAUCGUCGUCCUCAAUCAAAUACUUAUGCAGAAAUUCCAAAACAUUCAGACAAUUUUUUUUCAAAAAACAAUGACAGAAUAAAUGACAUUGAUGACAAUAUUGUUACAAUUGAAGUACUAAACGACAAUAAGUCAACUUAUGAUUCUUACACCCAGGAAGAUGGACAAGGUCAUCUUGUAUCACAAAUUCUUCAAACGCAAAUAGAAUUUAAUAUUAAAAAGAAGACAGACUCUUCAAAAAUAGAAUGGGAAGGAAAAAGUGCUAAAGAUCAAGAGAUGUUAACUAAAGAAAUGGAUACAAUCAGGCGAUUCAUUCAAGACAUAACAAAAUCUGCAAAUCCAUUGAGUAAACUUAUCAACAAUAUGCAAGAAAAUAUUGAUCAAAUGAAUCGAGAAUUGAACUACUGGAAGAAUUUUACUGAAAAAACUAAUGAAAAGCUUGAUAUACAGCAGCGAAUAGCUGAAGAAAAAAUUAAGCCAAUGGUUAUGUUAUUAGAAAAACUUACCACUGAAGUGAAAGAUGAAUUAGAUAUGAUGGAUUACUGUAAAGCAAACAUUAUGAAAAAUAAAUCUCAUAUUAAUUACUUAGUUUCAGAAAGGUUUAUGUUAAAAAAAUAAUUAAAAACAAUU